UGAUUAACAGAGGACUAUUAUUGAUCUACUGUCAAAAAGGAGAUCAUAGUAAUCCUCAUGCUACAACUGUGUUAAGAAUGGAAUCUAAUAUACAAGCGGCUGUCAAAAUCUUCUUUGUUGCUUUUUGGGUACCUUUCUUUACCCUAGCUGAAAAUCAAGAAUGUCUUAAAAAAGAUAUUAAUUUUGAGAAUACCCUGAAAAGUGAUCUUCUUGAAAAGUAUAAAACUGGACAGUCAGUGAAACUGAGCUGUGCUACGGGCUACGUUGGAGUUUUGAGGCUCGAAUGUGAAAAUGGAAUAUGGAAAAAAGUUGGAGGGAGAGAAUGUAAAAAAAGACCAUGUGGUCACCCAGGAGACACACCAAAUGGAGACUUCAAGCUUGUAAGAGAGUCAGAGUUUGUAUUUGGAGCUACAGUGGAAUACACAUGUAGGACAGGGUAUAUAAUGGCCAGCAGAGUAAAUUAUCGUAACUGUCGUAGCCAAGGAUGGGAUAAUGCUGUACCUGUCUGUGAAGUGGUGAAAUGCCCUAUUAUUAGCAAUUUAGGUGAUGUGAUUGCAACAGGCAACACUGAAGAAGCAAGCUACAGUGAUGUUAUCCACUUUGAGUGUGCAUCUCCUAACAAGAUGUUAUCGGGACCACAAGACAUACACUGCAAAGAUGAUGGACGAUGGAGUGGCGAUAUACCGAAGUGUAUAGAAAUAAAAUGCCUGCCACCUGAAAUACCACAUGGAUUUACUAACCCUGAUCAGGAGUACAAAGAAAACAAUAUACUACAAUAUAGAUGUGAACGAGGGUACAAUCCCAGAUCCGGAACCCCUAGGUGCACAAAGUAUGGCUGGAGUAUAAAACCAGAAUGUGAAGAAAUUAUUUGUCUACUUGGAUCACCCACAAAUAGUGUUGUCAGCACAAACCCAAGAGGGAAAAAUAUAUUUAAGGCUGGAGAACAUGUGGAGAUUAUAUGCUCAAGAGAUCACUGGGUUUUCGGUACAAAGCAAGAAUCACGAACAAUUGAAUGCCAAGAGAAUGGGAAAUGGGAAUUCAGGCCAGUGUGUGAGGAAAUCACCUGUGAAUAUCCCCAUGGUCAACACCUGUCAUAUCCUCAGCCCUACUAUAGGCCUGUUUAUAAAUUAAGGGAGAGAAUGUGGUAUAAAUGUGAACAUGGUUAUCAAAGUAAAGCUACAACUGCUACAUGUACAGAGAACGGCUGGGAGCCAAAACCACUGUGUACUGAGAGUACUUGUCAAAAACCUGAGAUUGCACAUGGAGAAGUGGUGGGGAUGCUAAAGGAUACUUAUAAGCUAAAUGAACAAAUAGAGAUCCAGUGUGAUCGUGGAUAUAAACCUGAAAAAUUUGCUGCCACCUGUACACAAAACGGGGAAUGGGACAAAAUGCAAAACUGCAAACAAAAACCUUGUGGAGAAACCUCUUUGCAAAAUGGGUUUAUACAUGAACUGGACAAAGGAUUUUCCUACUCAUGUGGCUCAGAGUAUAAAGCAUUUGAUGAGAAAUGGUGGGGAGUGGUAAUCUGCACUGCAGGUCAACAGAGUUAUGCACCACUGUGUAUACCUGAGGAUCGGUGUGGUCAAGUACCCAAUGUUCAUGCAAAGCACAAUCAAGCAGAGAAAGCGUAUGAGAAUGAGGCAACGGUGGAGCUUGAAUGUGAAUCAAAACCAUGUUGUUUUAAAUGUAUCAGGGGACAGUGGGCGAAGCAAGACUGUGAAUCUAAGAGAUGUGGUAUUCCUCCCCGCGUUGAAAAUGCAGUUAUUACUUCUCACAAUCAGCAACAAGUGGAAUACAAAUGUCGAGAAAAUUACAAAAUAAACAGGGAACAGUUAAUAUUCUGCAUCAACUCACAGUGGGAAGAUCCACCAACAUGUGAAUCGGGUGAAGAGCCGAAAUGCCCAGAUCCUGAGCGAGAAAUAAAUAAUGCAACCCUGAUUAGAGCAAAUCUGAAGGCAUACUACCAGGAAGGUGGCACAGUAGAAUACAAGUGUAAAAAAGGCUUUCAGUUUCAGGAUGGGACCCAAGCCACAUGUUCUGAAGGACAAUGGAAUUACCCACAAUGCGUACAAUUGGGUGAAGAGCUGAAAUGCCCAGAUCCUGAGCGAGAAAUAAAUAAUGCAACCCUGAUUAGAGCAAAUCUGAAGGCGUACUACCAGGAAGGUGGCACAGUAGAAUACAAGUGUAAAAAAGGCUUUCAGUUUCAGGAUGGGACCCAAGCCACAUGUUCUGAAGGACAAUGGAAUUACCCACAAUGCAUACAAUCUUUGGCACCCUUAAAUACUCAUCAGGAAGAAAGAAAUGAGACGGUCCUAACCGAAGAAUCUUCUUUGCAUGAAGAUGCCACAGCUGAACAAAAUAGACCACUUUCCACAGCUUUGGCACCCUUAAAUACUCAUCAGGAAGAAAGAAAUGAGACGGUCCUAACCGAAGAAUCUUCUUUGCAUGAAGAUGCCACAGCUGAACAAAACAGACCACUUUCCACAGCGGGUGAAGAGCUGAAAUGCCCAGCUCCUGCGCGAGAAAUAAAUAAUGCAACCCUGAUUAGACCAAAUCUGAAGGCGUCCUACCAGGAAGGUGGCACAGUAGAAUACAAGUGUAAAAAAGGCUUUCAGUUUCAGGAUGGGACCCAAGCCACAUGUUCUGAAGGACAAUGGAAUUACCCACAAUGUGUAAAACAACCGAAGCCUCCAAGGAAGAAAACAGCAACCACAGCCUGAAGACAAAGAAAUGUACAUAAAACACGGUCAAUCUAUAAUAUUCAGGUGUCAAACACGAACAUCAUUAAAAACAUAUUUACAGCAGAAGUGCCUUGAUAGAUAAUUAUAGCUGCUUACGAGUAUUGAAAUUCUAGCAGAUUUUCAUGUAGCUGCCAAAAUAAUAGACUGAGUUUUAUUUUAGAAAAUAAUUAUUACUACUUACUAAAGAUUAAUUUCCUUUUUUCAAAGGAUAUGCAGAUUCUGUGCAGAGUACUAUAAUAUUCUUCUUUAAUUAUGAAUUUUUGUCUAUCUUAACUGGACAAUGAAGUAAGGCAUUGAGGAAUAUUCUUUUACAAAAAGCCUCCUCCAGUGCCACCCAUUCAGGUUUGUCAUGUGUCUUACUCCUCACCUUAUUCUUCCACCAAGCUAAAAUAUUUAAAUUAGCUGCCCAAUAGUAACAUUUGAAAUUGGGGAGGCCAAACCCUCCUCGUAUUUUUGCUUUAUUCAAGUGCUUUCUAGUGAUUCUUGGAGGUUUACUAGCCCAUAUAAAUGUUGAAAUAAAAGAUUCCAAUUUUUUAAAGCAAUAUUGAUGAAUAAAGGCAGGACUGGUUUGAAAUAUAUAUAAAAACUUUGGAAACACAACCAUUUUAAUGGCAUUAAUUCUUCCUGCCAUGGAAAUGGGGAGAGUUUUCCAAAAUGUGUCUGCUUUAAUUUGGUCCACUGUCUUUUCCCAAUUAACUUUUAAUAGAGAUUCUGGUUUGCACCUAAGUAUUUGAAGGACUUAUAAGCAAUACUGAAUUUAGUUGUAGCUAAAAAUUGCUUGUCCCUAUCAUUGGAAAUAGGCAUUAACUCACUUUUUUCCCAAUUUAUUGUAAACCUCGAAAUACCGCCAAAUUUUUCAAGAAGAAUGAGUAAUGGUGGAAUCGACAAUAUAGGUUUUGAAAUAUAUAAAAGAACAUUGUCUGCAUAUAAUGAAAGUAAUUAUGAUUUUUAUAUGACUGAGGAUUGUGUCUUUUCAUAGAUACUUCAGCAAGUCAAUAAAAACAUUUCAAACAUCUGUA